CUGCACCAAAGCACAAAGCACAACCAUGGCGGAUAUCGAGGCAACCACUGCCGCUGCUCCCACCGAGGAGGCAAUCAUGGACGCCAAGGCGGACGAGCAGCAACAGAAGCCAGAGGAAACAAGCGACAAGCCCGAAGAAGCACCAGCCGCAACAGCGACAACAACAACAACAACGACAACAACAACAACAACAGAAGCGGGCGCCGCGGAUGGCGAGGAACAGAAGAAGGAGAUGAGUGAGGACGACGACGACGACGAAGAUGACGACACCGAGCGCCGUCGCCGCGGUGCACGUGAUACAUCGCCCACAUCCAAGCCACAGUCGGAGAUCCAGGCGUUCAAAGUUGAUCGGGAGAAGACGUGCCCGUUGCUGCUGCGUGUCUUCACACGGUUCCGGGGCCACAACCGUCUUGACGAUUACCGCGGCAAGCGCGUGCCAUCCAACGAGUUGCAGAUGUACACAUGGAUGGAUGCCUCCCUCAAGGAGCUGUCUGUGCUGAUCAAGGAAGUGAACCUGCAGGCGCGCCGCAAGGGCACAAAGUUCCUUUUCUCCGCAGUCUACUUCAACAACCGUGGGCAGGGCGCCAUGCGUGACCUCGGUGUUGUCAUCAACGGCGAGAAGACUGGUGACGAUGAGAGGACGCUCAAGUCGGUCAACUUCCGCAUUGGCGACUAUGUCGACCUCGCCAUCAUCCCCGCCGACCGCCGCGGUGCUCCGCCUGCUGCCCGCCACAGCGACCGCCCCUCCAUCCACGACCGCCUUGGCCGCCGACCAUCAGAUCCCCUGCGCCGCCCCCGGGACUUCCAUGACCACCGCGACCGCGACCGUGGCCGUGACCGUGGGUUUGACCGUGACUUUGAUCGUGAUCGUCGUGCGUAUGAGCGUGUGCGCGGCGGGCGUGAGCGCAGCCCUGGUCGCCGUCGCCGCCUCGACGACUAUGAUGCCCGCCCCCGCAGGCGGCCGUUCGACACCCACGACCGGCGCUGAUCAACACACACACACGCACACGCGCCACACGCGCGCACGCGAUUGCUUGGGGGAACGUGCGAAAUAUUGGAGGGUGGUGUUUUGAUGUUGUGGAGUGUGCAGUUUGCUGUGUUCUGUUGUGUUCUGGUUGAUUUGUGUCUUUGUCGCAAUACAGCUCCCGUUGGCUGGGACAUUCGCUGUUGGCCCUGCCGGCUGCUUGUUCACUGGGUCAACAACACAAAACAAACCAAGGAAACACUCGACCGAC